UACCUUCUGGCCCUAAAUGGACAACACAACUAGCGUGCUCGUGAAUCUUGUGCCUGCAAUCGAGUUAGCUUUGUUACAAUAACGAAGAUCGGGUCCGUUCUUCCGUUGCAGCGCGUCCGACUAGGUUUCCGGAGAACACGGCUCAUACUAUCCACAAAUAUAUCACGCCGCUCCGAUCACUUACGACACUGGCCGUGUUCCGAGAGCAGACAGAUUCACCAUGGCUCAGCCAAUCGAUCCUAGACAUCAAUUCGCGCAUUUCGAGAUCGGCGAGUUACUUUCGCGGAUGUCAGGAAGUGUUACAGAAAGUGACGCGAACGCAUCCGCCGCUCUCGCCUCCUCGGGGGCCGCGAGGCGCAUCGCCGUGCGCCUACUCACAGGGGGCGGCGGAAGCGGCAAUCUCGGCGCAAAGUUGAGCGGAAGCGGCGGGAGCGGGAACUUCGCCACGCUCUCCACUGGUAUGGGGCCAAGCAGUGGGGUUACCAGCAUCGGAGGUGUUACUGGCGCCAGCAGCAGGCAUGGCGAAAGAUUCAUCGCUAGCGAGGGCUCCGCUGCGGGCGGCGGGAGUCCCGACAGCUUGGCGGGAUGGACGUCGAAUCCCAAGGACUCUCGGAGGAAGCUUCCACAGAAGUCCCUGUCCGAGAGCGUGGAACGCGGCGCGUCUGGCGGAACGACCGGGAGAAAAGGCCAGGCGAACGCAUGGGGGCAAUGCGACGACCUGAUGGUUGAUUGGCUGGGCUCCGUGGCGGAAUGCGGAUCCGCGGACGAAUCUGGCGGACCAGCGGCGGCAGCUGGGCAGGUUGCCGCUCCGCGGCGUGGCGCGCAGAGCGGGCAGCGGGAGGGCCGAGCGGGGCCGCGCGGAGCGUCGGGGGCGCAAGAAGAGCGCGAGAGGCAGCGGGAGAGGAGCGGUCUGGAUCGGCGGGACAGCCUUCCUGUGAGGGAGCGAGAGAGCGUCCCCCGCAUUUGCUCCGACGAAAUCGCGCGGGGGCACCUGUCGCGCACGAUUAGCUGCGUCGACCGCCCCCGCCCGCUCACGGCGCAAAGGGAGAAGCCCAGGGGCGGGCUUGAGGGGGAGAGGGAGGAGAAGGGGCGCGUGAAGGGGGGAGAUCGCAGGGGGGGAGCGCGGCCGCCCAGGCGAAGGGGGAGAGUGGCGGAGGUCUGUCGCGGACGUCUAGCUGCAUGUCGGCUGGCGGCGACGAAGUUCGGCGACUGGAGAACGAAAUCGCGGUGCUGCGACGGCAGCUGGUAACUGUGGGUCAAGCAAAAAAUGCCUUCGGCAAUGGAAGUGGUUCGACAGGUGGCUCGGCCCAAACCAGAGCGUACCAGCACUCCGGACCUCAGGGCGAGGCUCGGUCGCCGGAAUGGCAGAGCAUCGCAAUGGAGGUAGUGGAGUUGAGGGGCCAGCUGCACGACAUGACUGAGGCUAACGGACGCAUAACGGAGCUGCUUGAAAGGAGGACGCAGGAGUUGGUGGCGACAAAGGAGGAGCUGAAGACAGCCAAGGAGGAGCGCGACGCGCUCGCCAAGGAAAUGGAGGCUCUCCUCGAGUCCCUGUCAACAUCGCCGCCUGCUGACGUGGCAUGUACCGCGGGCAUGGGUGAGCAGAUGCAGCAGCAGCAGCAGAGGGCGCAGCAGGCGGAGGAGGAGGCUCGGCGGCUGCAGGUGCUUCUAGAGACAGCCAUGGCGGAGAGAGACAUGGCGGUGCGCCUCGCUGCUGCCACAGGCAGGCUCCCUGCGGGCCUCAUUCCU